AAUUAAGGAAAUGUUUGUCAGUGUGAAAAUAUGUUAUUGAAGAAUUGACUCAACAAUAAGUUUGAAAAUGUUUUUACGGUGACUAUGUUUACAUGACGUGCCUGUUAUAUUUAUAUUGAUCAAAUGUUACAAAUAACCGGUAUUGCUCUUUAAGUGGAAGUAGUUUUAUUCAGUUGCGAUGUCCGUUCACUACAAGUUCAAGUCAGCACUUGAUUAUGAUACAGUUACAUUUGAUGGCCUACAUAUAUCAGUCAAAGAUUUGAAAAAUUCAAUAAUACAACAAAAACGUAUUGGUAAGAGCACGGACUUCGAUUUGCAAGUCACCAACGCUCAAACUAAAGAAGAAUAUAAUGACGAGACGGCGCUCAUACCCAAGAACACGUCUCUCUUGAUAGCCAGAGUGCCAGUGGCUGCCCAGAACAAAAACAAACAAUGGGAAGGUUAUGGGGGAGACAACACACCACCAGCAAAGGUGGAUGAUGGGGGUCCAAUUGCCAGAACUGCAGAUCUGGCAUGUCUUAAUGCUCCCGAAGAUGAAAAAAUUAUUGCUAUGAUGUCACAAUCCACACAGGAUUAUGAUCCAAGCAAUUACAUGAAAAUUCGCGGAGCGAAUCAAAUGGGCCCCGUGCCACCGAAUUACCGCUGUUAUAAGUGCCACCAGACAGGACAUUGGAUUAAAGAUUGUCCUCUGGCUCAAGGAAGUGAACCGAUCGAAAUAAAGAAAAGUACGGGCAUUCCUAGGAGUUUCAUGGUUCCAGUGGAUGGUCCUCAGGUGCCUGGUGCCAUGAUGACACCGAACGGUUCUUACGCUGUUCCCGUACUGGAUCACGAGGCAUACAAUAAAAUUCAAGCGCCCGCUCCAGUGCAAGAGCCGAAAAUGGAGAUUCCCGAGGAUCUCGUGUGUUCGAUCUGUUCAGACUUGCUUAGCGACGCUGUGAUGAUACCGUGUUGCGGUAACUCAUUUUGCGACGAGUGUAUUAGAAGUUGUUUACUCGAAUCUGAGGAUCACGAGUGUCCAGAUUGUCAUGAGAAGGAUAUUUCUCCUGGAACGUUAAUUCCUAAUAGAUUUUUAAGGACUUCCGUGGCUAAUUUCAAAAACACGACAGGAUACAUUAAGAAACCCGUUUAUAAACAACCACAAACUGUUGAGGUUUCCCAACCACAAGUUGAAACUACACGUAAAACGCCACCGCCGGCCCCACACGAAGAGUCAGACGUUAAGAAAAAUGAAAAAACCGAGGACGAGGAAAAAACGGUGAUCAGCGAGGCAGACUCCACAGAGCAUUCCAAAUCGGACGAACCUUCAAAACCUGAAGUGAAGGAAGAGGUUCACGAAAUUGCCAAAUCUAGCGCGUCCUCUGACACAUUACCAGAGGGACCUCCUGGUGUUUCGCCAAAAUCUUCGCCUCAGUCCCAGUCCAGCUCAACUAGGGUCAAUAAUCUCAGAGACAAGCCCAAGAGUCAUAAAAGGGAUCGCGAUAAUCGUUCGCCCAGAAGGCAUAAAAGUCGCAAAAUGUCACCGAACUUUAGAGAAUCUGGAAGAACAAUGGAGGAAAGAUCUGGCACGCCUACAGUGGAUGAACCCGGAUCUGCACCCUACAGUGCUGAACGCAUGUACACUGCCCCACCCGGCACUAUACCACCAAUCAUACCCGGUUUACAUCCAAUGCAAGGACCACCACCAAACAUAACUCAAUAUCCGCCUAAUACUCAAGCUAUUGCCACAUUUCCUCCAACUCAAGGUCCACCACCUAACUUUCGUCUACCGCCACCUGGUACUGCCCCUUACAUGACUCAAACAGGCUAUCCAGGUCACCCAAGACCACUGUUCGAUGGAGCCAGACCGUCAAUGGCGGGUCCACCUCCUAACUACAAUCCCAAUUACCCUCCCGGAACUCGACCGCAUCGCGACUAUGCCAGAGGAAGGAUCCGUGAUAGAACUCCGCCUGGACUCAUCGACGACCCACUGGCGGCUUUCAAUCGAAUGUUACGCGAAAAGGACGAGCGGGAGCGUCGGAUAAAGGCUCGCAACAAUCGCAGGAAUAGCUACAGUCGUAGCAGGAGUCGGAGCAGAAGCUACAGCAGGUCACCUCCUCCACUGAGACGCAAGAGGAGCAGGACUCCACGUCGGCGGAACUCUAGAAGCAGGUCCAGGUCAUUUUCAAUGAGUCGGUCACGGUCUAGGUCGUAUUCAGGCGGCAGUCCGCGCGGCUCGCCCUAUAGGCACGGCUCGGCGCCAAGACGGUCCCCACUGCCGCCGCCACCGCGCCGCGGCAACUCACGCUUUCGCUCGCCCGUACGAUCGCCCACCAGGCGUCACGACCGCAACCGGGACCGAGACAGGGACUUCGACCACGACGAUCACAGGUCGUACAGGGAAAAAGACCGUGGCCGUGUCGAUCGGGAUGUGCGGCCGAAUCGCGACCGUUACUACGACAGUUACGACGACAGACGUGUCACGCCCAGGGGUGGUGCGAACCAAUGGAGAGGCGCAACAAGCGGACCACCGCCGCCGCAUUCGGAUGCGGGUUACUACGGAGCGACGUCGGACAUGCAGCACGGUGGCACCGGCCCCUACACAAACAGGUACCCACCUAGAGAGUAUCCUCCCCACAACAUUCCGCAAAAUAUUCCACCGGUGGUUAUGCCACCCAUGCACAUGCCGCCGCAAAGAAGGUACGACGACAUCGCACCGCCAGGAGUCGAGGAACCACCGAUACCCGGCCUUGAGCCGGCACCACAGUUUGAUUCGUACAAAAUGAUGUCAGACAAAAAGGAAAGAUACAGCGAAUCACCGCCCAAAGUCGAAAGGAAAGAUGACAGAAAAGUAUUGGAGAAAAAAGAUGACGUCAAACACGGAGAGCGUAGAAAGCGUCACGAAAGGCGCAGUAGAACUCCAGAGAGACAGGUGAAAUCUUCACCUAGGAAAAAAUCGAAAUCGAAGGAUCAUGACAGCCCUGACAAACAUAAGAAACGUAAAAGGGACGAUUCGCAAGAAAAGGAAGAUCGGGAAAAGAAGAAAGAUUAUUGUUCAGACGAUGAUAAGUCAAAAAAAUCUAAAGACAAAAAGAAAAAGCGAGACAGAAAAGAUUCCGAAAAGAAGAAGAGCAAAGAGAAGAAAGAUAAACACCACAAGAAAAGUAGCAAAAAAAAUAAAGAUGAAUUGAAGCAAGCUGCACCCAACAAAGAUGGCAGUGCUGAUCGAGAAGAAAUACAGGGGAAAGAACAUGAAGAAAAAGAAAUAAUAAAGGAACCGUCACCUGAAAUCAAUAAAAUUUCCCAAGAACACCAAACUCCCGAGCAUGUCUCCAGUCCUAAGACCGAUCUUUAUGACGACGUACUUGUAGAAGAAAUUGACAAGAGUCUAAUGGAGAAUUACGCCAAAGUUCAUGAAGAUUCGGCGAAUACCGAACAAUCAGAGAUCAUUAAAGAACAAACGAAUGACCAUGAAGAUGGUGAAAUUUCCAACAAUUUCGAAGAUGAAUCUGAGAAGGACAUCUUAGAGUUACAUUCAACCGACUUGGACCUGAAAUCCGAGCUGGACAAGAACGAAAUGUUGGCUCCGAUGCCCGAAAAAUCCAAAUGGGAAGUGGAUGAAGAGGGUUCCUAUCAAUCUAGUCCGAAAGAUUCGUCCAAGGCCGAUUCAAAAUUAGAUAAAUCUGGCAAAGUGACGAAUGAAGUGCUGAAACGCGCCGAAAAUGCGAUCUUCGCGAAAGCCAUCAAUGCUAUUAGGCCUAUAGAGAUAAAGAAAAUUAGUAUGGAUAGGGCCAAAUUGUAUUCGGGCGACAUUGAAAAAGGUGAAAACACCAAGAUUCAGUUAACUGUCCCACUAGUAGCAGAACCAAAACCACAACCAACUGUCAGAGUUUCUGUUAAAGAUAGACUUGGAGUAAAAGUAGACGAUCCUGAUCGUGUGGUAAAAAUAGGCAGAAAUAGAUCGCGAACUCUUUCGCCGUUCAGUAGAAGGGGUGACGGCGGAAGAAAUCACGAACGGAGAGUAGAACCCAGUAGAAAUAGAAGGUCUAGAUCUCGACAUGCAGAUAAUAGUCGAGACAGACAAAGAAAUAAAGAUGGUCGACGAGAUCAUCGUGACAAUAAACGUGAUGAUAAAAAAAUAGAGAGAAGCAGGCAAACCGAUCGAAAAGAAAGAUCAAAAAGUAAAUCUAAGCAACAGGACAAGAGACGGCGAUCUAGAUCAAAAAGUUCUAGUGUCGAAGACCAAAAACAUAAACGGAAGGAUAAAAAACACAAGAAAGAAAAAUCUAAGAGACAUAGAGAUGAUGAUGAUGACAAAGUUGAAAUCAUCGAAAAAAUAGAAGAACCAAAAUUUAAAUUAUUAACGGAAAAACGUAAAGCUACAAUUGAUGAAUCUAGUUUUGAGCCAGAUUAUGAUUUGGAAACUGAAUCGGAUAAAGAUGAUGAGAAAAUGGAAAAAAGAAGAGCUGAAAAAGCCCUGAAAGAGGAGGCGAAACAGGAAAGUUCCAGUUCUGAAUCCGACUCAUCAAGCAGUUCAGAGGAAGAACGCAAAAAGAAAAAACACAAGAAACACCGCAAAAAGAAGCGGAAGGACUCGAGUUCGAGCAGUUCAGACUCUGAUAGCGAUUCGAGCGAAGAAGAGAGACAGAAAAGGAAGAAACACAAGAAAAAACAAAAAAAGAAAAAGAAGUCCAAACAUAAAUAAUAUAUUAGGAUAUUUAAUUUAUUGUUUUCAAAUUGGACCGCCAAAUGAUAAUCUGUAAAUAGCUUAAUUAUAAAGUUUACUAAAGGAAUAGUACUAAAAAGUUCGCUGUAUUAUGUAUAAUAAUAAAGUAAAUAUAAUAUAAAA